CAGCUCGGUGCGAAGCUCCGCCCGCAGCGCCUCGAGCCCCGCGCCAAGCUCGGCACGCACGGCCGCCAGCCCCUCUUGCAGCCGCUGCUCGCUCACCUCCAGGACGCCCGCUGGAUGGUUCAAGGAGAGCUGUGGGAGAGACGCCUCCCUUAACCCCUGGCGUCACCAUGGCCUGGAGCUGUGACUCACGUGGGAUGACAGAGAGACGGUCCCUGGAGGGGAAAGGCUGUAUUCCUGUGCCUGAAAAUCUUUCCGUCUUCUUGCUUUGGUGCUCACACCGGCAGACCCAGAGAGAGGAGUGACGUCAGGGCUCACUCAGCCGCCACCUGCUCAGUCUGCCAUGAAAAGGGAUGACCUGAUUAUGAUCAAGCAGGAAAAUCAAUAUGAAAACUUGGAUCAGGAUGCUAUGGCAAGCAGCAAGACAUCAACUCCUGAGGGAGUGGAAUUCAAAAAAAUUAAUUUGAGUUCAAGCCAUAUUCCAAAACUGAUUUCCAAAGAUGGAAAUUAUUCAGGAAUAAAACCUGAAGAAUUCAAUGUAUGUCACAUUGUAUAUCACCCCAGUGGGCUUCCUGAGAUGGAAGUUGGAGAGAAAUCUGCUGUCACCGAUGUGCCUGAGAACUCUCUCCAAUGUUAUGAGCCGCUUAGUGAGCAUCACAAGAUUCACGCUGUGCAGCAGCCAUUUGAACAUACUGCACAGUGGAAAGCCUUUGAAAAUAAGAAGAUACUCUUCACAUUUGGAAGGACCCACAUGGAGGACACUUGUCAUAAGGAAACAACUCAGAUAGAGGAGAAAAAAUUCCAUUUAUGUUCUAACCUCAGUAAUCAUCAACAAACCCACACAAGAGACAAAUUUUAUGAAUAUUUUGGAUAUGGAAAACCUCUUAUUUACAAAUCAGACCUUGCAAUAAAUCAGAGGCACCCUACAGGGAAGAACUAUGCAUGUGAACCCUGUGGAAAACCAGGUAGCAGUCAAUCUUGCCAUACCAUUUAUCACAGUAAUCUCAUAGGGGAAAAUCCUCAUGUAUUUAGUGAAUGUGGAGAAACCCUGUAUCAGAAGACAGGCCUUAUUAGAAAUCAAAGGAUUCACACAGGGGAGAAGCCUUACGAGUGUAAUGACUGUGGAAAAUCCUUUGGCCGAAUGUCACACCUCAUAAUGCAUCAAAGAAUACACACUGGGGAGAAGCCCUAUGAAUGUGUCGACUGUGGAAAAGCCUUCGGUCAUAAGUCCCAUUUAACAGUACAUCAGAGAACUCACACCGGGGAGAAACCUUACGAAUGUGAUGGCUGUGAAAGAUCUUUUGGCCGUAUGGCAUCCCUCAUGCUGCAUCAAAGAAUACACACAGGGGAGAAACCUUACGAAUGUGAUGACUGUGGGAAAGCUUUUGGUCGUAUGUCAUCCCUCAUAAUACAUCAUAGAAUUCACACAGGGGAGAGACCUUAUGAAUGUACUGAUUGUGGGAAAGCCUUUGGUCAUAAGUCAUACCUGAGAGUGCAUCAGAGAAUUCACACGGGGGAAAAACCCUAUGAAUGUAGUGACUGCGGAAAAGCCUUCAGCUGUACAUCCCAAGUCAUAAAACAUCAGAGAACUCACACAGGGGAGAAGCCUUAUCGAUGUAAAGACUGCGGGAAAGACUUUGUCGAGAUGUCACAACUCACAAAACACCGGAGAAUUCACACAGGGGAGAAACCUUAUGAAUGUAAAGAAUGUGGAAAAGCAUUUAUACAGAAGUCACAACUCACAAUACAUCAGAGAACACACACAGGGGAGAGACCUUUUGAAUGUAGUGACUGUGGGAAAGCCUUCCGAAGCACUUCACAUCUUGUAAAACAUCAGAAAAUACACACAGGGGAGAAACCUUAUGAAUGUACUGACUGUGGGAAAGCCUUUGGCCACACUUCGUGCCUCAUAAGACAUCAGAGAAUUCACACAGGGGAGAAACCUUAUGAAUGUAACGACUGUGGAAAAACCUUUAUCCAGAAGUCACAGCUCACUUUGCAUCACAGAACUCACACAGGAGAGAAACCUUAUGAAUGUAAUGACUGCGGAAAAGCCUUUAUUCAGAAGUCAAAACUAACACUACAUCGAAGAACACACACGGGGGAGAAACCUUAUGAAUGUAACGACUGUGGAAAAGCUUUCUGCCAUACGUCAUCCCUCAUAAGACAUCAGAGAGCUCACACGGGGGAGAAACCUUAUGAAUGCAAUGACUGUGGAAAAGAUUUUUGCCAUAUGUCAUCCCUCAUAAGACAUCAGAGAACUCACACUGGGGAGAAACCUUAUGAAUGCAAUGACUAUGGAGAAGCCUUUAUCCAGAAGUCAAAUUAAUCACCUUGUGGAUGUGUGGCUCUGGAACAGAUUUUUGGCAUAUAUCACAUCUUAACGGACAUUGAUGAGGUCAGAUAGGAGGCAAGCAAUAGUUUACUGACUGAGGAAAAGACUUUCUGCACAAAUGUAGCCUCAUGAAA